AUGUCUUUACCAAGUGCAUUCUUAAAUCCAUGUCAAAUAAUUACUGAAGAUAAAGUUCGUAAUUUACUUUUACGAAAACAAUAUAUGACACUCACAGAAUUAAUUCAAUAUUUUUUACGUAAAACAUCAAAUUUACAAACAGAAGAAAUAAAAGAUGGUGUUGUUAAAAAAAUUAUCAACAAUUUUAAAACGCUUAAAUAUCGAAGAAAAACUUAUCAAUGA